CAUACGCUCCUCCUUCGGUCACUAAAACUCUCUCUCUCUCUCUCUCUCUCUCUCUCUCUCUCUGUGACACACGUCACCGAGAGAUUGAGAGCGAAAGAUGGACUCUGGCACCAUGACAAGAUCAUCACCACCUUCAUCAUCUCCUCCUUCGUCUGGUGGAGCUAAGAGAAUCGUCAGAGAGGCGAUAUGGGUCUUGUCCAUGGUGGUGUUUCUCGGGACUGUUCUGAUGUGGAUCAUGUUGCCCACCAACACGUACCGCGAGCACUGGUUUCCCAGCAUCUGGGCCAAAUCUAGCACCUCCACCUUCUUCGGCUAUCAAGGUUACACGAUGCUGAUGUUCACAUUCCCGGUCCUGUUCAUCGCUUGCUUGGGCUGUGUGUACCUCCAUCUUGGAAACAAAUCGAUCGAGCCUCGAGUGGGAAAGAAUGGCGUGGAAAGGAAGAAAGGACUGGCAAUGUGGAAGAGACCGGUACUGGUGAGCGGGCCGCUGGGGAUCGUUUCGUGGACCGAACUGGCCUUCUUCGUGAUGUUCAUAGCGCUCCUGGUCUGGUCCUUCGCGACGGACCUUCGCAUCAGCUUCCUCGACAUCGAGCGAACGGGACCGAUGGAUGGGGAUAAAAUGUGGGAAGCGAAACUGGAGAGGUCGGGCUUGUGGCUGGGGAGCGUGGGGAACAUAGCGCUCGCCUUCCUGUUCUUCCCGGUGACCCGAGUAUCGUCGGUGCUGCCGCUCUUUGGCCUCACCUCGGAAGCCAGCAUCAAGUACCAUAUAUGGCUCGGCCACAUCGUCAUGGUCCUUUUUACCACGCACGGCCUCGUUUACAUCCUCUACUGGGCUCUCACUCAUAGAAUCUCCGAGAUGGUGAAGUGGCAGAAGACGGAAAUAUCGAACGUGGCGGGGGAGAUAUCGCUGCUCGCCGGGCUGGGGUUGUGGGCGACCACCUUCCCCCGCGUGAGGCGGAAGAUGUUCGAGCUCUUCUUCUACACCCACUAUCUCUACAUCCUCUUCAUGCUCUUCUUCGUCUUCCACGUCAGCUUCUAUUACUCCUGCAUCAUGCUCCCGGGCUUCUACCUCUUCCUGGUCGACCGCUUCCUCCGCCUCCUGCAGUCCCGCGGCUGUGCCCGCCUCGUCUCCGCUCGCGUCCUGCCCUGCGACACCGUCGAGCUCAACUUCUCCAAGACCCCAGGUCUAGAGUAUACGCCGGCGAGCAUCAUGUUCAUAAACGUGCCGAGCCUGUCCAAGCUGCAAUGGCAUCCGUUCACCAUUUCCUCGAACAGCAACUUGGAAAAGGAUAAGCUUAGCAUCAUCAUCAAGAACGAAGGGGCUUGGUCUAAGAAGCUCUACCAAAUCCUUUCUUCUCCUUCUCCUCCCGAUCGCCUCGAGAUCUCCGUCGAAGGACCUUAUGGACCCACCCCGACUCAAUUCCUCAGGUAUGAGAAGCUGGUAAUGGUGAGUGGGGGCAGCGGGGUCACUCCAUUCAUCUCCAUCAUCAGAGAAUUCAUCUUCAUGAGCACCGCAUUCAAGUCAAUGACUCCUAAAUUGACCCUCAUUUGUGCCUUCAAGAACUCCUCCGAGCUUACCAUGCUUGACCUCGUCCUGCCCAUCUCAGGCACCCCAUCCGACUUAUCCAACCUUCAGCUUCAGAUUGAGGCCUACGUGACUCGAGAAAAAGAAGCCACCACCCAAUCCCCCAAACAAGCCCGAGCUCAAGCUGUUUGGUUCAAACCCAGUUUGCUCGACGAACCGUUGUACGCGAUUUUAGGCCCCAGCGGUUGGCUGUGGCUCGGUGCCAUCAUUUCGGUCUCUUUUGUCAUGUUCCUCAUAUUGAUAGGGAUCAUUACCCGCUACUAUAUUUACCCAAUAGAUCCCAAACAAAACGAGUUCCCUAUCACUGUCAGGGCGGUCCUGAACAUAUUGGUCAUGUGCGUAUGCAUCGUCAUUGUGGCUAGCACAGCUUUUGUUUGGAACAAGAGGACAAAUGCCAAGGAAGCGAAGCAGAUCAAGCACUUGAACGGGUCAGCUGGGGUGCAUUCGCCUGAUUCGGGGCUCUACAACGCCGAAAGGGAAUUGGAGAGCCUCCCACAUCAGUCCCUUGUCCAAGCCACUAAUCUGCACUUUGGCGAAAGGCCUGAUCUAAAGAAAAUGUUAUUUGAGUGCAAGGAGUCAAGUGUUGGAGUCCUGGUUUGUGGUCCAAAGAAGAUGAGGCACGAGGUCGCGGCCAUCUGUUCAUCUGGGCUGGCUAAAAACCUGCACUUCGAGUCCAUCAGUUUUAGCUGGUGAUCCAAGUCAAGCCGUCUCCCCAUGGAAGAAGCUGAUUGAAUGUAUUGCGAUUUGCCGGCAAUGCAAACUUGCGGAAUGCGCCUCGCUUCGUAUAUACGUUGCGUGUUGUGAUGACGUGGCUUUCCCCUUUUCAGGGCCAGCAAAGAGGGAAGUAGGUUAGAAAAAGCAGAUUAGUUGGUGUGUUUCUACUAAAUCUCAAUACAAAUAUGUGCCUCGGUUUCCCUUUUGUUGGAGAACGGAUUUGUUGCCGGUGGCCCAGGAAAAAGAAUGGACGAACCUGGAUUAAUCCCAUCGGUGUUCGGGGACUUGACCGGGGCAAGAAUGGUGAUGCCUUGCACAAGAGUGUUACCAAUAACCAUUCAUUGGUUCAUCAGUUACUUUCGUUCAUCCAGAUUUAAUUAGUGACUUGGCUCGACUGGCUGGAUUAGGAAGAUUAGAUAAAAAUGUUUAGGAGGUUGCUAAACCGUAAUGGCUCGAGAAAUAAAUAUGUAGACCAGAAUUGCGAUGAAUGCAGAAAGCUGGUAAGAUUGUACCUGCUGCAGACAGAGUGAACUUUCCAGGAUGUCGAAUUGAGGAGGGUCAAGUUCGAGGUCUGAAUGGUAUUGGAAAACAUGAACUCGAUCAGGUAGGGGCGGGUGUACUUCAGCUUGCCGCCGUGGAACCUCUGCCACCAGAAGGCGCCUUGACCUUCGAUAGUCCCGUUCUCCCCUGGCACAAAGAGACUGAUGAGCGAAUUGGGGGGAUUGUACAAAGCAAACCGGAGCACGAAAACGAAGAAGUUAAAGAGAAACCAAGUGAGCGGCAUAUACCGGUGACGAUGAAAUCGGUGAGAUUGGUGCCGAAGGUGAGGCUUUGAUACCUCCCCGCAGCCGCAUCCCUUCUUCUGCCAGAGGAGGGGCAACGGUUUGUAGCGCAGGCCACUCCGUCAUGUCCUGUGCACACCUCAGAGCACAACACACUUUGCAGUUAGAAUAUGCACAGAUUAAGCUCUACUUUAGGUAGUUUUUCACUUGUUAAUAUAGUCUGAGAACUUGAGACUCUUGAAACACUCGACUAAUUCACGAAGAGAAUAGUUCGUGCA